AUGUCUACCACCGUAAAAUUGCUAGAAAUCGAGGAUACUACUGCAAACAAUCAGGCGAGUUGUAACAUAAGUUGUCUCACUUAUGGAAUUGGUCUGCGCGGUACAGCACAUGCGUUCGUGGAAGCUUUAAAGGUGUUCGACGAUGCUAAACGAGCCGAUCGCAAAGAUUGGAAGCAAAAAGCCGAACACAAAGGGGAUAAAUGCUUCAACAAGCAUUUUCCAAUAGGAAAAGUUUAUUAUUUGAAGAUAGAAAAAACACCUGAGUGGAACAGCAAUGUGCACAGUCUGGAACGGGUUGAUACGAUCAGCGAACACGCUGAUAUUCUUCAUUACACAACGUCAGAUGUGAUUGUCAUCAAAGGGCGUGAUUUCGUUGUAUGUCGAAUGUGGAGGAAGGUAGGCGACUCAUACGUUGUGGCAGCCACUAGCUUUGAAACUGACAUUCCUGUAGCAGCUAAGAAAAAGCGUCCACAAGCAAAUGAUGCAUCAAAAUGUGUAAUAGAAUAUCUGGUAUCAGUGGAUUUGAAGGACAAGCUGACGCCGAAAGCGGUACAAAGCUCAGGAAUCGCUGAUAUGAUGAUUAAAGACGCUCGUUGUGCAUUCAAGUUUGUCGAGGAGGAGAUUUUGAAAAACAAAACUGAGAAAUCUGAAUGA